AUGCACCGACACACCGUGCUACUGUUUACACUGCUCGCGAUCUUGUCACCUUUACAAGUGACACCUCAAGGUGCACGCCGCUCUGAAGCAGACCUUACUUUCGCUGAACUCCUCUACGUACGACUGUCUAGCGCAUGUAGAGCUCUAGUGGAUCUACAGUUUAAUUCAAUGAGCAGUCAAGAUGAUAUUGUUAAAACAAUGAAAAUUACCCAUCUUGAUACCACUAUGAGAAAAACUUUUGCUAUAGAUAAAGCUUACCAAACACUCACACAACCCGCCAUGUUUGAUAUUACGAAGCAAACGAAAAUCAUUAUUCACGGGUUUAGAGAUAGCUCCCAAUCAUCAGUCUCACAGGAUUUAGCCGAAGCGUAUAAUGACAAACAAAUAUUCAAUGUCUUGUUAGUCGAUGCAGAAGAAAUGAUGAAUAAGGGAUACGUUUUAUCCGUACACAACGCUCGUUUGGUUGGAAAGAGACUAGCAAAUUUAUUGGCGAAUUUAGAAACUUUCGGAGCAAACGCUGAAGACUUUCAUCUUCUCGGCAUCAGCCUUGGCGCUCACAUCGCCGGUUGGACCGGAAAAUAUUUUCGACAGUACAAAAGUCGUUCUAUAGGACGAAUAACUGGCUUGGAUCCUGCAGGACCUUGCUUCUCCUACACGUACGCUGACCAGAGACUGGAUAAAACUGAUGCCUUGUACGUUGAUGUUGUACAUUCAAACAGAUUAAUUCAAGGCGUCAUAGAACCAUUGGGUCAUGCCGAUUUCUAUAUUAAUGGUGGUGGGCCGGUGCAGCCCGGAUGUAUGGUGCCAUCCUGCAGUCAUCUGCGAGCGGCGUCCGUUUACGCCGAAAGUAUAAAAACACCUAAGUCAUUUGUGGGUAUUAGAUGUAAAAGUUGGCAGCAUUUCGAGCAAAAUGCCUGUGAAAAAGAUCUUGCCGUUCUCGGGUACGGGUCUUCGAUAAAAACACGUGGACUUUACUAUCUAAGAACAUCUGGAAGUUCACCUUUUGGCCUUGGAAUGGAUGGGACAAAAAUUACAAAGCCGCCCGUCGACAGUUGGUUAAUGGCUUUAACUUGAACACUAUAAGAAAUAAUUUCUGUGAUAUUUGCCAUAUACUGUACAGACUUUACGCAAACAGUGAGAAAUAUUAAAAAUAUAUUUAUUAGCUUUUUACGUCA